GCGCUUUGAGCUCCCAGACCGGGACCGGACCAUGGCUUGGAGGGAGACAUGACCAGCACAAAGCAGGUUACCUGCAGGUACUUCCUGCACGGCGUGUGCCGCGAGGGCCCCCGCUGCCUCUUCUCGCACGACCUGAGCGCGAGCAAGCCGUCCACCGCGUGCAGGUUCUACCUGAAGGGCGCGUGCGCCUACGGCGAGCGCUGCAGGUAUGAUCACAUCAAGCCUCCGGCUGGCCGUGGCACAAGCGCUACAACAGACCAGACCAGUAGGGGUGGCAGUGUGACGACCCCCGUCGCAGUCAGCGGGUCUUCUGCAGGCUUGGCAAGACGUGGCAAGAAACCGCUGGUCCUCAAAGACAGGGCCCUUGGAAUUGGCACAGAGGAGAGAACAACACCCGAUGGUAGAAACAGUAGAGCGCUCCAGGAGCGCGAGAGCUGGGAGUACUGGGAGGAGGGUGCCCAGGCCAAGCCCCAUUCCUACCUGGAAGCCAUCCGCACGGGCCUUGAGGCCUCGCCUAAUGAGAUGCCCUUUGCCGACUUGCAGCUACUCUGCCCCUAUGCAGCCGCAGGCCACUGUCAUUAUGGCAGCAGCUGCUCUUACCUCCACGGAGACAAGUGUGAUAUCUGCCAGCUGCAGGUGCUGCACCCGUAUGACCCAGAGCAGAGGCGAGCACACGAAAAGAUGUGCAUGGUGGCUUUCGAGGCGGACAUGGAGAAGGCAUUUGCAGCUCAGUUCAGCCAAGACAAGGUGUGCAGCAUCUGUAUGGAGGUGGUCUACGAGAAAGCUACGCCAUCGGAGCGGCGCUUUGGCAUCCUUUCCAGCUGUUCCCACACCUACUGCCUUGGCUGCAUCCGCCAGUGGCGCUGUGCCAAGCAGUUCGAGAACAAGAUCGUCAAAUCGUGUCCAGAGUGCCGUGUGGUGUCUGAGUUCGUUAUCCCCAGCGUGUUUUGGGUGGAGGACCAGGAGCAGAAGAACCGUCUUAUCGAGGAGUUCAAGGCAGGAGUGAGCAAGAAGGCCUGCAAGUACUUUGACCAGGGCCGAGGGACGUGUCCUUUUGGGGGGAAGUGCUUGUACCUGCACGCCUACCCAGACGGCACCCGGGCUGAACCCGAAAAACCACGCAAGCAGCUAGGCUCUGAGGGCAACGUCAGGUUCCUCAACUCGGUUCGCCUGUGGGAUUUCAUUGAGGAGCGGGAGCAUCGCACCACCUCGCAGUACGAUGACGAGGUCAGCGAGCUGGGGGACCUCUUCAUGCAACUGUCUGGAGCUGGCGAAGAGGGUGGCGUCCCUGUGCCUCACUAACUUCACUCCCAAUCCCUACCACCAAUGGGGUCAUGUUAAAUCAGCCUAAAUCAGUAGGCAAUAAAUGUAGUCUGGUGAGCCCUACAUGUCAUUCUGUUUGAGGUUUUUCCUUUUUUGCUUUUUUUAACCUGCUUUCUUUCUUUAUGGGAGCACAAAGCUAAUACUUUGUAGACAUAUCUGUAAUAAGUUCAGUGGCGGGGAAGCUCCUGCAUUUCCAGAACUGUUCAGCUGUGAGAAAAGGAGAUCUGUGGUCUCUGCUGGCGACAGGGAACAGGAAAAGGACAAACGCCUCUUAUUUGCACUCAUCUGGAGGGAUCAUAGGGCCUCACUUAACUGUACUCUCCAAGCAAUUUACGCAACUCCUGUUUUUUUUUUUUUUUUCUCUUCCCCCCCCCCACUCAAAUGCUGUUGCAAUGCUUAUUAGAUACAACAGAAGUGUACUUAACUACUAGGGCCAUAUGUACUGUAUGGUUUUUGAGUGUCACAAACUCCAUAUACAGAACAGUAUAAAAUGCAGUGUUCAAAUUUAAUCUCAUUGUAAUCUAAAGAAUUUUUUAAAUACUAUUUAUUACACAAAUUGUCUUGUACUGUGAACUACAGAAAGGUGAUUAGUGAUACAUAUUUUUAAGAAUUCAGAUGCACUGUAUUUACAUAAUAGAAUUUGCAUUACUGCAUCUAGUUAAUGUUUAAUGGGGAUUUUAGUUGCUUUAUUCCCAUUUAUGUUUACUACAGUAUCAUGAACAGUCAAAUUAAUGUAUCAAAUCUAAAGUGCAAGAAGGUAUUUCUAUUUCUAAUUU